AGGCCUGGGAAGGAGCCAGUAAUCUUGAAAACUUGUUUACGGCAUUUUACCUCAAGGGUCGACAGCUUGCCAAAAGGGAAGACGCGGAGAAUUUAUACAGAAUUUGUACAGAACAUGUUAGAGCUUGCAAAUUUCACAAGUCGUUGUGAAAAUGUUGCACCUGAGAUUGUCGUAAAUGAGCUUGAACUAGAAUUCUCCAACGACGUGUCUUCUGAGUCUGAAGAAGAGCACGAAAUUGCAGACGCGCCGGAGGAGCAGAUGCCCGGGCCUUCGUCACGCCCUGGUGCGUUACGCAUUAGCUUCCAGGAA